AGGUUCAAAGGACUGGUGCAGGGUAGAAAAGCACCCCUGGCCAGAGCAGCGUGCAGAGGAAGCCGACACAGUACCAGGAGGAGGAGAAGGUAAGCUUGGAGGAACUCCUGAAGAUGGCCAAAGACGACUCCACAGUUCGUUGUUUCCAGGGCCUGCUGAUUUUUGGAAAUGUGAUUAUCGGUAUGUGUGGCAUCGCCCUGAUGGCAGAGUGCAUCUUCUUUGUAUCAGACCAAAACAGCCUCUACCCACUGCUUGAAGCCACCAACAAUGACGACAUCUACGCGGCAGCCUGGAUUGGCAUGUUUGUUGGCAUCUGCCUCUUCUGCCUCUCUGUCCUGGGCAUUGUAGGCAUCAUGAAGUCCAACAGGAAAAUUCUUCUGGUGUAUUUCAUCCUGAUGUUUAUUGUAUAUGCUUUUGAAGUGGCAUCUUGUAUCACAGCAGCAACACAACGAGACUUUUUCACACCCAACCUCUUCCUGAAGCAGAUGCUGGAGAGAUACCAAAACAACAGUCCUCCAAACAAUGAUGACCAAUGGAAAAACAAUGGAGUCACCAAGACCUGGGACAGACUCAUGCUCCAGGACAAUUGCUGUGGUGUAAAUGGCCCAUCAGACUGGCAGAAAUACACCUCCGCCUUCCGGACUGAGAACAGUGAUGCCGACUACCCCUGGCCUCGUCAGUGCUGUGUUAUGAACAACCUUAAAGAACCUCUCAACCUGGACGCCUGCAAACUAGGAGUACCUGGAUACUACCACAAUCAGGGCUGCUAUGAGCUGAUCUCUGGACCAAUGAACCGACAUGCCUGGGGAGUUGCGUGGUUUGGAUUUGCCAUUCUCUGUUGGACUUUCUGGGUUCUCCUGGGUACCAUGUUCUACUGGAGCAGAAUUGACUAUUAAGAAUGAAGUGCACCCACCAUACCAUUCCCCACAAUGACUUUGGAUUUGGUGCUGGAAAUGCUCUCUCCUAAUGUUCUACCUUUGUGAUGCCCGGGAACUUAGGCAUUCUUCCUCAAAUUGCCAAUUCAGUUGGUAGGGAGUUCCUUUAGGCUCUCAGACUCCUGAAAUUUUCAGCACAUGUGUUUUCACCCUGAUCUAGGAGUUUGCAGCAUUGUUAUAGACUGUAGGAAAGGGAGGAUUUGGGAUAGUAGAUAAUAACUAUUCCCAUCUUUGUUUAUUUUUAAUGUGGGGGCCUAAAGACAUUUCUAGGAACCUGUGUUAUACUGCAAGCCAAGUCUGUAUUGGGACAGCAAAUCUGCCUGCAUUUCUCACUGCUUUCUAAAAGUACCCUUCAAAGGCUUUCAUUGUGUCAGUAUAGUCCCAGUGAGAGAACUAAGGAGAAGAUUGCUGAAACAUAUCUUUUGCCUUUGUCCUAUGGUGGCUCUCACCUACAGACUCAAGUGAUUCUCUUAAAGCUAGCUUGGGAACCCUUUAUUAUCCAAGACAAGGCCUGAUCUUGAGCAAACAGUGGUUGAAAUUUCCUCUCAGACACUGCAGAGUGAUUCAUGCUGGUAACCUCAAUUCUCCCACUAAUUAAAAGUAUGUGAACUUUUGGGACAAAGGAGAGAC